AUGACCUGUCUGUUGUCUGUUCACAAGCUACCAACUCGGAACAACGAACAACCCGGUCUUAUCGUCACCAUGUGGGAGCCUGUUACGCUUCCUUUCACGAGCGACGCCGCGCGGAGUUUGCCGACCGCAGACGAAAUUCGGAGUUGCACUCACAUUUUACGCGAGCGCCCUGCAGGUACUUCAAAAGUCGUAGCUGUCAACCAUGAUAUCGUCGUGAAGUUCGGAAGCGGUGUACAUGUCCGUGAGGGCCAGACUUUGGUUUAUCUCGAAAGGUUUUUACCCAAUGUUCCAGCCCCGCGCCUACACGCCAUGUACCGCGACUCUGAGGACCUUUUCCUGCUAAUGGAGCGCGUACCUGGGAAACAACUGGACACGAUGUGGCCUUCCUUGAACGAAUCUGACAAAGACGCAAUCACCAACAAACUCUGCAAUAUUUUCGAGGCUAUGCGGCAGGCCGAAUGUCCGUGGCCUGAUUUCUUUGGAGGGUUGGACGGGAGCGGUGUGCAUCACUACCUGCUCUAUAGCCAAAAGAAAGGCGAUCGGAAGUUUCUAGGACCUUUCUACGGCGAAGCUGACUUUGUUACUGGCUUGACAAACAACCUCCGAGCCCUAAGGGAACGUAACCACCGGCCGGACUUCAAGGCUCGCCAUUAUGAAGCUCACCUUCGCAACGUUCUUCAGGGCUUCCGACCUACAUUGACCCACUCAGACCUGGAUAAGACGAAUAUCAUGGUCGCAGAGACCUCUAGCGGAGGUGAAGAACGAGACUUUGAAGUCAUGCUUGUGGACUGGGAACUGGCGGGGUGGUAUCCUGACUUCUGGGAAUUCUUUUGCACAUCUUCCACUUUCGACUAUGUGUAUUGGGAGGAGGACUGGUGCUGGCGCACCGAACAGUUCUUGCAAGUAUGGCCUGCAAAAACAGCCAUGAUGCGCAUGCUCGACAAAGAUAUGCGCAUCUAA